AUGUCUCAUCUCGAAGGUUCAGAAUGUAUCGAAGCCUUAAUACCAUUUGUCAAAUCAUUUGCAUUUACAUGGUUUAAUUUACAAGCAGCAAAACGUCGAUAUCAAAAACAACAUGAAACACCAAUGCCUAUCGAGAUGGAACGAGUGAUGAAGGAAGAUUUUAUGAAUCAACGUUAUGCGGAUAAGAUUAAAUGGACAGUUCGCAUAUUGGCAAAAUUACGAAAGGAUAUAAAACGUGAAUGUCGUGGUGAUCUUGUUAAAACAAUAACUGAAGGAAAUAUUCAAAGUCCAUGUAUUAUAUCGAAUGCUGAUACAAAAAAUAAAAUGCGUCGUAUUGAUUGUUUACGUCAAGCUGAUAAAGUCUGGCGACUGGAUGUUGUUAUGGUUGUACUAUUUCGUGGAAUUCCAUUGGAAAGUACGGAUGGUGAACGAUUAAGUAAAUGUAAAGAAUGUAAAAAUCCAGCAUUAUGUAUUAAUCCAUAUCAUGUUGUUAUACAUGUAAAAGAACUUGAAGUGUAUCUUGUAAAUUUUAUAAAUAAUGCACAAUCGUCACCGGCGAACAUCAUUCCAAGUGUGUUUUCUACCAGUGAAUUACAACACAUGGCAAACAGUUCGAUCAGUGAAGGUGGUUCAACAAAAGAAGUGCUGGGAGCAGAUUAUCUUGGUUCAAUGUUAAAAAUGGAAACUGAUGAUUAUGCCGAGGUACAACCAAUAGCAACUGUACAACAACCUGAUCUAUUGAAAAUGUGUCGAAAUAGGAAGCCAAGUCUAUCAGGUAGUCCUCGUACAGCUAAACGACGUCGUACAUUAAACAAUACAUGUUCCGCUGAUGAAAGUGAUAGUCAUGAUGUCAGUGAUGGACCAGUUCCGACUUAUGAUGUAUAUGAAUCUAAAAUUCAAUCAUCAACUAACACUGAACCUUCCACAUCAUCCUCAACAUGUCGUAUAUCAUCAACAAAUGAUUCAAAUACAUAUUCGAAUUUUCCACAACAAGAUGAUAUAAAUGCUCUACCAAAAUCUAUUAUAGAAUCAAAUAAAAUUGAAUCAUCAACACCACGUCCACCAUUUUCUCAAAUAGGUAUUCAUAAUCAUGUAUCACUUAAUUUACAUUUUAAUAAUCAACAACAACAACAACAACAACAACAACAACAACAGCAACAACAACAACCACAAAAACCAUUACCAUCAUCAACAACAUCUCAACAAACAGCUGAUUCAAAAUUAAUAUCCGAACGUUUUAUUGAAUCACUUGUACAACGUUUUAAUAAUACACAACAACAUCAACGUACAUCUUCACAUCCGCAUACAAUUGAAUAUUUUCAUCAAGAUCCACAGACAGAACGAACAUCUAAUAGUCCAAAAACAUCAUCAAAUAAACUUUUUCCGAAACCAUUACCAACAACUGCAAUAAAUAUAUUAUCAUCACGUGAACGACCUAUUACAACAACAACAACAACAUCAUCAAAUUACGAUACAUCUUAUGCUCAAUCACAAACAAAUGAAUUUAAAGAUAAUAAAACAAAUAUAAAUAAUGAUAAUAAUGUUAUGCGUUUAUCAUCUGCAGCUGAUCGAGUAUUACCAGCAUUUCAUACAUUUUCUGAAUUAAAAAGUUAUUUGCAAACUAUUGGAUUAGAUGUUGAAUUAGUACCAGCAUCAAAUACAACAGCAACAGCAGCAGCAGCAACAACAACAACAACGACAACAACAAAUAUUCAUCAACAAUCAAGAAAUAUUGAUCCUAUUCAACAGAGAUUAUCAACAAAUGAACAACAAUAUCAAAUACGUUCGAAUACAGUUAAUAUUUCACAAACACCACAACAACCACAAAUUGUUAUGUUACCUAAUAAUAUUAAUAAUCGAAACUCACUUAAUGAUGAUGGAAAAUGUAAUCGAUCCACUUCAAUAAGUGUACCACCAAAUGUUCUGGCAGAAAAAUUACUUGAAUAUGCAUCAAGUACAUCAUCUAUUCGUCAUUCAAAUCUUUUAUCUCGUACUUCAUCAUUAUCUUCUCAACAGCAACUACAUCAACAACAACAACAACGUCGUUCUCCAUCAAAACCACCUAUUGUUUCUGAUAUAGCUAAUCUUUUAUCUGUAUCAAAUAAUAAUCCUAAAGAUCAACCAAUUGUUCAACAAGUUACUCGUCAAACACUUCUUCCACCUCCACCACCACCUCCACCUUCAUCUGCACCAACAACAACUGUUUAUCAUCGUAUAACAUCAGCAGAUAAAGUUUCAACUAUGGUUAAACGUGAUCUUAUUCAUGAUGAUGUACAUUUACAUGAUCGUGAAGUUGAAGAAUAUAUGAAUAUGGCAACAACAGGUCGUACAUCAAAACAACGUAAAACAACUUCUCAAACAAUCAAUGAUUCAACAACAAAAUCCAUUGUUUUAGAAAGUGGUUCAGCUAGUAAUAGUAAUGAUAGUAAUGUUUCUUCGACAUCCUCAUCUUCAUCUUCAAUUAAUAAUUCUACAAAUAAUAAUAAUAAUAAUAAUAACAAUAAUAAUCAUACUAAUAAUAAUAACAAUAAUAAUAUUGGUUUAACAAAUAGUAUUAAUAAAACGAAAAAUAAUUCGACAAUGUCAAGUCAAGAUUCACGCAAUAUAUGUGAUUUAUUAUUAAUGUUAUAUGAACAAGAACGUACACGUAGUACACAAUUACAAAAACAAAUUGAACAAGUUAGUAGACAACAACGUUCAAGAAAUUCAAGUGGACAAUCACAUUCAAGUGAAUCACAAACUGGCUUAGAAACACCACAAGGAACAAAUAAUGGAAAUACAAAUUCAUCAAGAAUGUUAAGUCCAGCUGCAUGGAUAUCAACAACAGGAAAAGAAAAAACAUCAGUUCAUAUUCAACAAAAUCAUCAUCAAACAUUAAAAUUUGAUUCAUCAACAUCAAUGAAUGGUUCACCACCUGAAUCACAAGAUUGUUCACCACCUGAUCCAAAUAAAAGUGGUUUAAGUCCAACGAAAGUUGUACAAUUUUCACAAUCAAUUGGUUCAGCACAAAAUCUCAUUCCACGACCCGUACCAAUGUUAGCAACUAAUGAUGGUCUUGUACGUCAUACAUCAUCAUCAUCAUCAUCACAUACUGCUACACCAACUGGAUCGACUAGUUCAUCAAAUAAUGGUUUUAUUUAUUUGAAAAUAUUUUCUUAUAAAUUAUUUUAUUUAUCGUUUUUAGGAGUUCUUUAUACACCAGGAAAUCGCAUUUUUCAAAGCCCACUUGGACAGGCAUUUGCGGCAUUAAGUCCUGCUUUAAGUCCAUUUUUAUCACCUUCAACUAGUCGUGCUGGUACACCCAGUGAAUUAAUGAUAAUUCCUGCUGAUUUACUCAAUGUACUGAAUAGUCGUAUUUGGAGUGAAGACGAAUUAUUACAAGCAUUUGUUAAUCAUUUAGAUUCGGGUGUAGGUUCAGGUCGUCGAUCUCGAGUUAAUAAUGAAGAACCUAAACAACAGGGAAAGCCGACAAGUGUAACAAAUAAUAAUAAUAAUAAUAAUAAUGGUAAUGGUAAAACCAAAAGUAUUGAAAAAUAA